UCGGGAGUAAACCAAAAAAGGAAGAAAAUUAGCCUUUGAAUCCAUCGAAAUGGCAUCACAAGUUUCUCAAAUUCCUUCUUCAUCACCCAUUACUGCCACUCCCUCCGAUAAGGAAGAAAUUCGUCCCAAGGCCGAUUUUCAGCCUAGCAUCUGGGGUGAUCUCUUCCUCAAUUGUCCUGACCAGGAAAUCGAUGCUCAAACUAGACAUCGACAUGAAGAGUUGAAAGAAGCAGCGAGGAAGACGAUUGUGGCACCGAUGGACAAUUUGAGCCAAAAGUUAACCUUCAUCGAUGCAGUCCAAAGAUUGGGUGUGAGUUACCAUUUCACCGAGGAGAUCAAUCCAAUCAGGUCGGGUCGGAAAAAUAGUCUACUAGUUAAUAACAUUCACUCAACGAUUACGACUCUUUACCUAAGUCAAAAGAAAUAUACUAUUGAUUACCGUUAA